GGAGCAUCUGGGGAGCGGACCCCUGUCCUGCCACGCCCCGCCCCCGGCCCCCGCCCCGCGGACGUUGCAUUAGCAUGAGCGACGCAAGUGGCCCGGGCACCACUCGGGGGCUGGGACUCGCCGCGUCACAGCCCCGAGUGGAAAGGAAAAAAAAAAGAGGAGGCGGCGGAGGAGGCAAGAGCCGACGCGAGGGGAGGGGAGCGCGGCGGCGGGGCUAACGGGCGGGCAACCGGUCGGGCGGCAACAGCAUGCCCCUCGGCCAGCGCGGGCGGCCUCUCAGCGCGGUGGGGGCUGCUUUGGGCGCGCUCCGGGCACAGUGCGCCCAGUCUCCCGCCCCGGCCCCUCGUCGCGCCCGCCUUCCCGGCCGCCCCUGAGCCCAGCAGCCGCGGGUCCCGGGAACCGCUAAGAAUAGCGGCAACGCCUAGCCGGACGGAGUCUUUUCCUUUGCCGGGACGCUGGGCCAUGAGCCCCGCGGCCACCUGAGGCACGGGGGGUCUGCUCGGCCAGGACCGCCUCCCCGAAGUACCGUGCCCUCGCCUCUGCACUGCGGGACGCCAGCGCUCGGCCCUGGCGGAGGCGUCCUCGGAAGAGCAUCGGGGUGGGGGCAUGGAACCCGCGGAACCUGCGGGCCAGGCCCGGGCGGCGGCCACCAAGCUGUCGGAGGCGGUGGGCGCGGCGCUGCAGGAGCCCAGGCGGCAGAGGCGCCUGCUGCUGGUUAUCGUGUGCGUGGCGCUGUUACUGGACAACAUGCUGUACAUGGUCAUCGUGCCCAUCGUGCCCGACUACAUCGCCCACAUGCGCGGGGGCGGAGAGGGCCCCACCCGGACCCCCGAGGUGUGGGAGCCCACCCUGCCGCUGCCCACUCCGGCCAAUGCCAGCGCCUACGCGGCCAACACCUCGGCGUCCCCGACGGCUGCGCGGCCAGCGGGCUCAGCCCUUCGGCCCCGCUACCCUACGGAGAGCGAAGACGUGAAGAUCGGGGUGCUGUUUGCUUCCAAGGCCAUCCUGCAGCUGCUAGUGAACCCCUUGAGCGGGCCCUUCAUCGACCGCAUGAGCUACGACGUGCCGCUGCUCAUCGGCCUGGGCGUCAUGUUCGCCUCUACGGUCAUGUUCGCCUUCGCCGAGGACUACGCCACGCUGUUCGCCGCGCGCAGCCUGCAGGGCCUAGGCUCAGCCUUCGCCGACACGUCUGGCAUAGCCAUGAUCGCCGACAAGUACCCGGAGGAGCCGGAGCGCAGUCGUGCACUGGGCGUGGCUCUGGCCUUCAUUAGCUUCGGAAGCCUGGUGGCCCCGCCCUUCGGGGGCAUCCUCUACGAGUUCGCCGGCAAGCGCGUGCCCUUCUUGGUGCUAGCUGCCGUGUCGUUCUUUGACGCAUUGUUGCUGCUGGCGGUGGCCAAACCCUUCUCGGCGGCUGCACGGGCUCGGGCCAACCUGCCAGUGGGCACUCCCAUCCACCGCCUCAUGCUGGACCCCUACAUUGCCGUGGUGGCCGGUGCGCUCACCACCUGUAAUAUUCCCCUCGCCUUCCUAGAGCCCACCAUUGCCACGUGGAUGAAGCAUACGAUGGCGGCUUCCGAGUGGGAGAUGGGCAUGGCCUGGCUGCCGGCCUUCGUGCCUCAUGUGCUGGGCGUCUACCUCACCGUGCGCCUGGCGGCGCGCUACCCACACCUGCAGUGGCUGUACGGCGCGCUGGGGCUGGCUGUGAUCGGCGCCAGCUCGUGCAUCGUGCCCGCCUGCCGCUCCUUCGCGCCGCUAGUGGUCUCGCUCUGCGGCCUCUGUUUUGGCAUAGCCCUAGUCGACACAGCACUGCUGCCCACGCUCGCCUUCUUGGUGGACGUGCGCCACGUCUCAGUGUAUGGCAGCGUCUAUGCCAUCGCCGACAUCUCCUAUUCUGUGGCCUACGCGCUCGGGCCCAUAGUGGCGGGCCACAUUGUGCACUCGCUGGGCUUUGAGCAGCUCAGCCUUGGCAUGGGUCUGGCCAACCUGCUCUAUGCUCCCGUUUUGCUGCUGCUCCGCAACGUGGGUCUCCUGACGCGCUCCCGUUCCGAGCGCGAUGUGCUGCUUGAUGAGCCACCGCAAGGUCUGUACGAUGCGGUGCGACUGCGUGAGCGUCCUGUGUCUGGCCAGGACAGCGAGCCUCGCAGCCCGCCUGGCCCUUUUGACGAGUGCGAGGACGACUACAAUUACUACUACACCCGCAGCUAGCAUCCCCACUCCUCCUCCAGCCCACCCACCCGCCUUGGGUCAAGGGGGCUGCUCUGCAAGCCCACGGGCCAGCUCUGGCUCAGGGUCCACCUCCUCCAGCCAGUACCCCAACCCCUCCUCAACCAUGACUUCUGCCCGAAUCCCCUCCCUGUGACCCACUCCAUAUCCCUUUCUCUCUUGUCCAGUGGGGCUUGGAGCACCGAGGCAAGCGAAGUCAUCGCGCUCCUUGCAGAGGUGAUGAGGACCCCGAGUCCCCAUCUGUGGCUCCCCUGUGUAGAGCCUGCAUCUGUCUGUCCUUCCUUCCAUUGCUCUCAGUGCCAAACUUGGGCCGCUGCACCGCGGUGCCUCCGCCCAAAUCAAUAAACCGUGUCUGUCCUAGGA